AUGGCCGGGAGGCCGCUGGGGGCGCGGGCGCUGCCCCCUCCAGCGCCCGCGCCCCCGCCCAGGUACGGCGUGUGCCUCAUCGGGCUGAAGCGCGAGGACAAGAACAUCCUGCUCAACCCGGGGCCCCGGCACACCCUGGCCGCCUCCGACACCUGCUUCUACAUCAACAUCACCAAGGAGGAGAACUCGGCCUUCAUCUUCAAGCAGGAGGAGAAGCAGAAGAAGAAGGGCUUCUCGGGGCAGGGCCUGUACGAAGGGUCCGGCCGCCUGCCCGUGCACAGCAUCGUCGCCUCCAUGGGGACCGUGGCCAUGGACCUCCAGAACACGGAGUGCCGGCCGGCGCAGGGCGGCGGGGGCGGCAAGCUGACGCUGCCCGCGGAGAACGGCUCGGGCAGCCGGCGGCCCAGCAUCGCGCCCGUCCUGGAGCUGGCCGACAGCUCGGCCCUGCUGCCCUGCGACCUGCUGAGUGACCCAUCGGAGGACGAGAUGACGCCAUCGGAGGACGAGGGGCUGUCCGUGGCGGAGUACGUGAAGGGCUACCCCCCCAACUCGCCCUACAUCGGCAGCUCGCCCACCCUGUGCCACCUUCUGCCUGUGAAGGCCCCUUUCUGCUGCCUGCGGCUGGACAAGGGCUGCAAACACAACAGCUACGAGGACGCCAAGGCCUACGGCUUCAAGAACAAGCUGAUCAUCGUCUCCGCGGAGACGGCGGGCAACGGGCUGUACAACUUCAUCGUGCCGCUGCGCGCCUACUACCGGUCGCGCAAGGAGCUCAACCCCAUCGUGCUGCUGCUGGACAACAAGCCCGACCACCACUUCCUGGAGGCCAUAUGCUGCUUCCCCAUGGUCUACUACAUGGAGGGCUCCGUGGACAACCUGGACAGCCUGCUGCAGUGCGGCAUCAUCUACGCGGACAACCUGGUGGUGGUGGACAAGGAGAGCACCAUGAGCGCGGAGGAGGACUACAUGGCCGACGCCAAGACCAUCGUCAACGUGCAGACCAUGUUCCGGCUCUUCCCCAGCCUGAGCAUCACCACGGAGCUCACCCACCCUUCCAACAUGCGGUUCAUGCAGUUCCGCGCGAAGGACAGCUACUCUCUGGCUCUCUCCAAGUUGGAAAAGAGGGAACGGGAAAACGGCUCCAACCUGGCCUUCAUGUUCCGCCUGCCCUUCGCCGCGGGCCGUGUCUUCAGCAUCAGCAUGUUGGACACGCUGCUCUAUCAGUCCUUCGUGAAGGACUACAUGAUCUCCAUCACCAGGCUGCUGCUGGGCCUCGACACCACGCCAGGCUCCGGCUACCUCUGCGCCAUGAAAAUCACGGAGGAGGACCUGUGGAUCCGCACGUACGGCCGCCUCUUCCAGAAGCUGUGCUCCUCCAGCGCCGAGAUCCCCAUCGGCAUCUACAGGACCGAGUGCCACGUCUUCUCCAGCUCGGAGCCACAUGACCUCAGAGCCCAGUCCCAGAUCUCGGUGAGUGUGGAGGACGGCCCGGACACGCAGGACGCGCGGGGGCCCUGGGGCGCGCGGGCGGGAGGCGGCGGCGGCGGCACCCACGCCCGGCACUCGGUCGGCGGGGACCCCGCGGAGCACCCCCUGCUGCGGCGCAAGAGCCUGCCCUGGGCCCGGAGGCUGAGCCGCAAGGGCCCCAAGCCCGCGGGGAAGGCGGCGGCCGCCGAGUGGGCCAGCCAGCAGCGGCUCAGCCUGUACCGGCGCUCCGAGCGGCAGGAGCUCUCCGAGCUGGUCAAGAACCGCAUGAAGCACCUGGGACUGCCCACCACCGGCUACGAGGAUGUAGCAAAUUUAACAGCCAGUGAUGUCAUGAAUCGGGUAAACCUGGGAUAUUUGCAAGACCAGAUGAACGACCAGCAGAACACGCUGUCCUACGUCCUCAUCAACCCCCCGCCCGACACCCGGCUGGAGCCCAACGACAUCGUGUAUCUCAUCCGCUCCGACCCCCUGGCCCACGUGGCCAGCAGCCCCCAGAGACGGGACAGCAGCGUCGGCAACAAGCUGGCCUCGUGGCACCCGGAGACGCGGGACGAGACGCAGCUCUGAGCCGGCCCGCGCCCUGUCCCCACGUCGGCAUGCAUCGCGCUGCAUGGAGCGCGGGGCCCCUGCCACGCCGGCCCGGCCCUCGAAGAGUCCUCCCACGGCCGUGAGGGAGGACCGUGCCUCCGCGUGCUGGGAGGAGCUGGCGGCGAGGCCUUUUUUAACCUGUUUUUACAGACCCAUCCGAUCCGUGUCCCCACAUGUACCGCAACUCGUGACGGGGCCCGGCUGAGUGGGGAGGGGUCCCGCCGCCCUGGCCGUGCCGCGGGCUGAGGCCAGGGUGCGUGGGGAGGGGAAGAAGCUGAGCCCGACACUCGCGUGCACUCACUCGCGCACACGGCUCACGCGGGAGCCGUGUUUUCACGGCCACGUACCGAAGGCCCGCUCACGGGGCUUGCCCGCGGCUCGCGUGUUUUGUGGGUCCCAGCUGGCCUCGGCCACACGGUGGUGAGGGUCUGGCCCCGGGGGGCUCCCGGCCGGUGAGCUCUCCAGCACCGUGCGCCGGGCGCGAGAGGGAAGCCGUAAACACAAGAAAGUUGCAAGCGUCCAGCUGGGCCGGGAGACCCUCCGGAGGCCGGGCGUGCUCGGGGGACAUGGAGGGGCCGGGCGAGACCCCCGCAGGGGCCCGGGGACACCUGAGAGUUCCUGCAACCAAGGCCUUGGUGACGAAAAAGGAGAAGACUUUUUUCCCCUCUGGUUUUAUGUGACCCGUCGCACCCCGGCCCCUAGGCGUUGGGCAGGGGCGGCGCGUUGGCACAAGGUUCAACGCCCGUUAGCGCCCGAUGGAAGCACAAUUCACCGCAGGAUGCCGGCCCGGGUUUUCUCCUCAGCAAGGGAAGGAGCCUGGGUGGUGGCCGUUGGUGACAAGCCGCCCGGUUCCUUUGUGACUGUGACAGGUGUUGCACGGUCAGUGCUGGAACCUUCUAUUAAAUGGAUGCUUUCUGCA